CGCGUGUUGUCGCUUUUCUCUUUUUCUCGAGAACAGUGCGUUUACCUGUCGCGACUCAUUUUUCUUCGUCGCUUUGUUGUCUCUUAGUUUGUCAAAAAUUUGCGCUUUUCGAAAUUCCUAUCCGCGACUUCACUAUGCCAUCGGUAUUUAACGUAUACUGCACUCUUGAUCCGCGCACGUGACACGGCACGGACGUUUUUCACAUAUCCGCGUUAUUUAUUUCCGCCGUUUCCUCGCGAUCGCCGGAACCGCGCAACGGAAGAAACGUAGGCGACCGAACGCAACAUCGGAAGUUGUUAAAUGCCGCACGACAGACUCUCAUCGGAAACAACAGGAUGCCGAGAUUCUACAUUCGCGAUCAAUAAAAAGUUCGAAAAGAGAACAAGAAGAGAAGAUGUUGUAAAAAUUGACAAGCUAAACUGACUAAUCUCCAGAUUACACUCGUCAAGUGGCAGAAUGACAUCGAUGUCACGUACGUUAUUCCCAUCGAUGAAACAAACUUUAGUCACUUCGAUCUCGUUCUCUGAAACAUUGUCGUCUGUCAAGGUAGUAAGAAGAUUUCUUUAAUCCCCACGACAGCGUCUUUAGAUCUUCACUGUCAUAAACUAGAUUUUGUCGAUUGAACAAAGAUUCCUGCAAUCGAGAGAAUUAAAGAAUCGACUUGAUCUCUUUUGUGUGCGAUUGAUUUUGAUUCCGGAAAAUAAUGACAAAUAUGACGACAAUGGAUCUCUUGGAUUACGCUCAGAACAUCACUCACAACAACUUGACGUACAACGGCACGAACUGCGACGCCGAUCUGCCGAUUAUCGCUCUGGUCAAUCAGAUCCUGUACUCCAUCGUUUGCGUGGUCGGACUUCUCGGCAACACUCUGGUCAUCUACGUCGUUCUCCGUUUCUCGAAGAUGAAGACGGUGACGAACAUGUACAUCGUAAAUUUGGCGAUCGCGGACGAGUGCUUUCUAGUGGGAAUACCGUUUUUGGUGACGACCAUCAGCUUGCGCAGUUGGAUCUUCGGUGAAAUUAUGUGCAAAGUGUACAUGACCACCACGAGCAUCAAUCAGUUCACCAGUAGCAUCUUCCUGUUCAUUAUGAGCGCCGAUCGCUACAUAGCCGUGUGUCAUCCGAUAUCCUCCCCGAAGAUACGCACGUCGUUUAUUUCGAAAAUAGUCUCGCUUACCGCCUGGACCACCAGUGUUCUCUUUAUGGUUCCCGUGUUCCUUUACGCGAACGCCAUAGAAUCUCCGGAAGGUAUCGUCAGCUGUAACAUUUACUGGCCGAACGAUCACGGCGGUCAGACCACGUUCACGCUUUAUACGCUUAUUUUGGGCUUUGCUGUUCCUCUGGUGCUUAUACUGAUCUUCUACUUUCUGGUAAUCAGGAAACUGCGAACUGUAGGUCCGAAGAACAAGUCGAAGGAGAAGAAACGCUCGCACCGAAAAGUCACCAAGCUGGUUCUAACGGUGAUUACCGUCUACGUGUUUUGCUGGUUGCCCUAUUGGGUUACCCAAGUGGCGUUGAUCUACACUCCGCCGAAACAAUGUCAGUCCAGCAUCAGCAUCACCAGCUUUCUUCUGGCCGGUUUUCUCAGCUACAGCAACAGCGCGAUGAAUCCGAUUCUGUACGCUUUUCUCAGCGACAACUUCAAGAAGAGCUUCCUGAAGGCGUGCACCUGCGCGGCCGGCAAGGACGUGAACGCGACGUUGCACAUCGAAAAUAGCGUGUUUCCUCGAAAGAACAAAGGCACCAACAUCGACCGGCUUCAUUCCAAUCGGAUCACAUCCGCGCAAUCGAAAUUGGAGCUCGAAGACGAGGAGGCGGAAAGAGGAUUGCUCAUCAGCAAGACCUCCACGACCACGGUAACCAUGACCUCGCGAUCCAACAUCACAAUUAGCAGCGAGCCCAAGGACCCCGUCAAGAACGGCGCGCAGUUGACCCUAUUGACGCAGGUUUAAGCUCUCGCCAGGAUCCUG